AUGGCGGCGCCACCGUCAAAACCUGUUUCAAUCGAUAAAGAUUCGACCUUUAUCGGUUCUUCUUUGUCACGCUCUAUUAAUCCAACUGCUGGCGACAGAUCUUUAUCACGCUCUGUUAAUGUAAGCGACGGAUCUUUACCAAGCCACGUUGAAGGCUCCGGCUCUCCGAUUGGCGGCGGCAAAUCUUUAGCAGGCUCUACUAAUUCAACUGCCGGCGACAAAUCUUUGUCACGCUCUAUUAAUCCAACUGCCGGCGACAGAUCUUUAUCACGCUCGCUUAAUGUAAGCGACGGAUCUUUACCAAGCCACGUUGAAGGCUCCGGCUCCGGCUCCAACAAGAUAUCGAAUCUUGUAAAUUUUUGGUCUUCACUUGAGAUAUCUCAAGUACACGAUUCCGGCAAUGAUGAGGGAAGAAAGUCAAGAUAUGAUGGUAGUAAUAGCGUUAGACGCGCACCUACCGGCACAAAUAAGGUGACUGAAGUCAAUGAUGGUUCUUCCGGUUUCAAAGAGCCUGAGAUAACUGAAGUCUUCUCAACUCCGGUCAAAAAUAAUAGUGACGGAUCUUCAUCAAGCCACACUGGCGCAUCCGGUAAAACGGAACAUUGGGUUUACAUAGGUUCUUCCUCGUCCGAAAAAUCAGAUUCAGAAAAUCGACUUAGGAAAAAAACAGAAUGGCCACCUCAAAGAAAAAAUAAUGCGGACGGAAAUUCACAUCUCGGCAAUAAAGGCGGCGGCGGCGGUAAUUCACCUCCCGAAACACCCAGCAAAAACAAAGGCGGCGGCGGCGGUAAUUCACCUCCCGGCACACCCAGCAAAAACAAAGGCGGCGGCGGCGGUAAAUCACCUCCCGGCACACCCAGCAAAAACAAAGGCGGCGGCGGCGGUAAAUCACCUCCCGGCACACCCAGCAAAAACAAAGGCGGCGGCGGCGGUAAAUCACCUCCCGGCACACCCAGCAAAAACAAAGGCGGCGGCGGCGGUAAAUCACCUCCCGGCACACCCAGCAAAAACAAAGGCGGCGGCGGCGGUAAAUCACCUCCCGGCACACCCAGCAAAAACAAAGGCGGCGGAGAUUCACCUCCCGAUGACGAUGAUGAGGUGUCUGAACACUCGGCUGCAUUCUUUGGCCUUUAUACAAAGUAUUUUAUAGCGUAUUUACAGAGCGAUUAUGUUCAUUGGUGUUAUGGUAAAUAUCUGUUUCCUAUUUUCGUUUUACACCAUAUUUACGCGUAA